AUGAAGAUCACGAUCAUGCCGUACGCUCUCGCCCUCAGCGCCGCCGUGUCCGCCAUUUCAGCUGCGCAGGCUGCGCCAGAACUGGUUGUUCGCGAUACGCCCCAGGGCACUAUCGACUGUAACUACUGCACCGGCAUGCUCGACUUCUGCUUCAAGAACGGUCACACCCAGGGUCAAGAGGGUUGCAAGCAGACCUGCCGUGAGCACGUGUGCCACCGCACGCCAGAGGUGAAUUCAAGUGUAAGAAGUGUCACGGCGAGUUCAAUCGGUGCCCUGAAAAGUCCCGCUACCACCACUAGUCUCAGAUGA